AUGAGAAACAACAACAACAACAACAGCAGCAGCAGUAGCACGAACGGCUCCACUCUGAUUGAAACAAAAGAAGACCAUAAAUUUCAGAGGAUUAUAUUGAUUCAUUUGAAAACAGGUAUAACGAUAUUUGACUAUUGUUUUCCGAAUGCUUGGAAUGCAAAGAAGACUGAUAUUGGAGGUUUUUUGGCCUCUUGUUAUCAGUUUGAUGCUACUGUAAAAGGAGGAGGAAUCAGAAAAAUUGUUUUUCAACCACCAAGUGACAAUCAAACCUCUCAUUCCCCAGGAAGAAUCAUUCGACAGACUUCUAGCUCCUCUGCAACAACACCUGGACUCAAUAUGAUUGGCUCCUCUUCAGCAACUGUUGGAGGAAAAUUGAGAACGAUCACUCCGACAUCAACCAUUCGAAUGAAUGACAAUCAAAACAUCACACCUCCAUCAACAACAUCAAGUACUCCUGGUAAUUCUAGUAGCGGUGGGCCACCUCACCAUCACAGCAAAACAAAUAGUACAAGCAGUAUGAAUAUUCUUUCGGGAUUUAAUACAAUCCGAAGGAGAAGCGUGCACCAUAGAUCAAAGAGGAAUAGAAGAACAUGUUUGAAUUUUGGUGAUCCGAUGGGUUUGAAUUCGUCAAAUCUCAUGUAUAUUGUAUUCGGAUUGCCAAAUGAUCCCAUUUCACCUGUUCUUGUCUCACACAGUCCCUCAUAUUAUGUAAAUGUAUCAACACAAUUGGAGCCAAUGUGUUUAUGUGCUGUUUGUUUCGAAGGAUGCAGUGAUUUAUGGACCGAAGUUGCAAAAACAUUUGCCUCUGAAGCUGUCCGUGAGUUUUGUACAGCAUAUAGAGAUCUUUUAGAAAAACACAAAAAGAAUUUUGAAAAAUUGAAAAUUGAAGCCAACAGAGACGAGGAAUUGGAGCGACAAAUAGUCGAAGAAUUUCAAGUAUUUGAGGAAUUAAUGAAUAAGACAAAACAACGAGUACUAGAUGCAUUUUCUUCUAGACUUGCUUUGGAAUUAUCCAAUAGAUCCAAAAACGGAGAUACCUCAAUGUAA